AUGUCUUCAUAUGCCAUCACCGGAGCCUCCAAGGGCAUUGGCCGCGAGUUCGUGCGGCAACUCGCUGCCGAUACAACCAACACGGUCCUGGCUAUUGUGCGAAACCCCGAAUCGCCCGAAAUAUCUGAGCUUGCCUCCAAUCAUCCUAAUUUGCACGUCAUCAAAGGCGAUGUUACGGACCCAAAGUCGAUUCUUGAGGCUGCCUCGGCUGCAGCCGCCAUCACAGGUGGUAAACUAGACGUGCUUAUCCACAACUCCAAUGCCGUUGAUAUGGCCACCAUGUCCUUCAACCCAACUCAGAUCCCCUUUGAUGCUCAGGCCACUCGGGCAAUGUUCGACCUGCCAUUUAGUACGGGUAUCUACGGCGGCAUAUGGACGACAAACGCAUUCCUACCCUUGAUAGAGAAGGGCGUUCAGAAGAAGAUAGUGCACAUCUCCAGCGCCAUGGCGGAUUCGGGUCUUAUCAAUAAGGCUGGUGUGAGCUAUGCUGUCGCGUACUCUGUCGCAAAAGCCGGGAUGAAUGUUCAAGUCGCCAAGUACGCAGCAGAACUUGCGCCUAGAGGCAUCAAGGUGUUGGCUUUAAGCCCUGGAUGGGUUGAUACAUGGGAGGGAGAAAAGCCUUCCCAGGUAGUACAAGGGAUCGAGAUCAUGCUGAAGCAGUUCCAGGCAGCCGAGCCUGAACUCAAGGGGCAGAUUCAGCCCGAGGAGAGUGUUAGGAAGGGCCUCCAGGUGAUUGAGCGUCUGGAUUCCAAGACUAGCGGCUUACUCUUAAGCCAUAAUGGAGAUACGGCAAGGUGGUUCUGA